CGCGUAUCGCGUGUUUGUUGACGGGAUCAGCUUGGGACCAGCAUCAUCUCCUCAAGGUCGACAAAGACGCGACAAGUCCACAUUUUAGAUAGAAGACUAACAUGGACGACAACGUGAACAUCCCAGUAUACUCCGAGCGUCAUCUUGCACUCUUUCAGCGUGUCAAAGAUGCCUUGGACGACCUUCCUGUCUUGCAUGAUUCCGCUAUUCCAAAGGACGAGGCCUGUGCCAUAUGUCUUACUCCUUUCGACGCCAUACUUGCUGGCGAGGUGCCUCAGGAAGGAGAAGGAGAAACAGAAGACGGUGUCACAAAGGUGGUGGGCUGCGGACACUUAUUCUGUCGGAAGGACUUAUCGGAGUGGAUACGAAAUUUUCACGGCAGUUGUCCAACGUGUCGACAUCCUUUUCUGGAUAUAAAACCGUAUACCGACUCUGACGCGGAAUCCUCUGAUGAUGAAUAUUUUCCUGAUGAAGAUGAAGAUGAAGAAGACGACUUCUUCGGGAUGGACGAUUUCGACGACGAAUUCGAGGUGGAGGAGAUGGAAGUAGACUUGGAUGACAUCUGGGGUUAUGUCGAUUUGGAUGCUGGUGAUGAGUCUGAUAAUGAGGAAGAGCGUCCCGAGCCGGAUAUUGAUGGCCUGUUUGAAGAGAAUCACGGAUUCUGCGGCGCGUCUGAUGCUGGCAGUGGUGUGGAGCCACUGGAAGAUACUACUUGCGACGAUUCGUCUCUACACGACAAAUAAGUUUCUUUUAUGGAUGUACAUUCAUUUCUUCUAGAU